AAGGCAAGAAAUCUACUCGCCUGUGUGAAGAAAAAUAAAAAGUAGACAAUCUGAGUGUGUGGAUUACUCGGGACCCCCGUCCAGCUGUUAGCAUGAUGUCAUACCUCAAACAGCCCCCCUAUAGUAUGAAUGGAUUGGGGCUCACGGGACCCGGAAUGGAUCUGCUGCACCCAUCUGUGGGAUACCCAGCCACCCCUCGGAAGCAGCGCCGGGAGCGCACCACCUUCACGCGCUCGCAGUUGGACAUUUUGGAGGCGCUGUUCGCCAAGACGCGUUACCCCGACAUCUUCAUGCGGGAGGAGGUGGCGCUGAAGAUCAACUUGCCGGAGUCCCGCGUUCAGGUCUGGUUUAAGAACCGACGAGCCAAAUGCCGUCAGCAGCAGCAACAGCAGAACAGCAGGGCAGGGGCAAAGAGCCGGCCUGCCAAGAAGAAGUGCAGCCCAGCCCGGGAGAGCUCCGGAUCAGAGAGCAGUGGUCAGUUCACUCCACCUGCAGUGUCCAGCUCCGGCUCUUUAUCCUCCUCCUCAUCUUCCAGCUCCAACUCUUCUGGGAACCCCAGCCUAGGAGCAGCACUGAAUGGAAGUACUCCUAUAGCCUCCUCCAUCUGGAGCCCUGCCUCUAUUUCCCCAGGCACUGGUCCUGCUCCUGGCUCCGCACCUGACCCACUAGGACCUGGAAGCGCCUCCUGCAUGCAGCGCUCUGGCUCUUCUUCUGCAGCUUCUUAUCCAAUGUCCUACAGUCAAGCUGCUGGUUAUACCCAGGGCUACCCUGCCCCAUCUUCCUCUUACUUUGGAGGAGUGGAUUGUAGUUCCUACCUGGCACCAAUGCACUCUCACCACCACCCCCACCAGCUCAGCCCUAUGGCACCUUUUGUAUCCUACCUGGCACCAAUGCACUCUCACCACCACCCCCACCUCUACCUAUGGCACCAUCCCAUGUCCGGCCACCACCAUCACCACCACCACCUGAGCCAGUCCUCCAGCCACCACCAUCACCAGGGCUAUGCCAGCACAGGACUACCAUUCAACUCCUCUGACUGCCUGGACUACAAGGACCAGACAGCCGCUUCCUCAUGGAAACUUAACUUUAACUCCACCGACUGUCUGGACUACAAAGAUCAGGCAUCCUGGAGGUUCCAGGUCUUGUGAGAUGAGGCCCAAGCACACCAG